GCUGUUCAAAUAACGUGGCUUCUUUUCGUGGUCCUAUGUCUCUGUAGGGGCCUAAUAAUGAGUAGAGGAUUUUAGUAUCUGUUUGUAGUUUAUGUGAAUAUACGCCGACUUUUGUGGUAAGUGAUCCGCCUUGUUCGUAUGAUUUUGUGGUGUGGCGUCGUACAUUACGGAAACAUUUUGCAAAUCUCGAAAUCGUAAACGUAUUAUUUUGGCUUUUCUCCAAUAUGUCCGAAAUCUGAAGAUUAUUUUUUUUGAAUAAUGUAAUACAUGACAUUGGAUGGAUCACUUUUCAUCUAGCUUGGUAUUCGUUUUAUGGGAAGUGUUGAUUGAAAUAUUUUGGUUAAGUGGCGCAUUACUCACACUGUCAAUUGGGAAGGAGUAGGCGCACAAUGCAUGAGUUCGGAACUCUUUGUGAGGAAUGGAUAUUAUUGGUUACUGUUUGAUAGAUAGAUAUAUUGUGACCAUGUCUGCUUGUAUAUUGAAUACAGAUAUCGAAUUAUAAAAUACUGGCAGCAUAGGACAUUUAAGUGUACUUCAAUGCGCUGUUGCACAAAUUCUUUUAAAUGAACAACUAAAUUACGAACAAUGCACAUCAAAGUCAGAUGGUUCCCUACACCCUUUUUCUUGUCAACAACACGUUUCAUGUACCGUCAGAUUCUCAUCUUUCUCUCAGUCCUCCUAGUAGUACUACUGUUAAUGUUACUACUCGGUAAAUUUCGGAGAUAUUCGGAAUUCUCAGAACAUGAUCAUUCUAACGUUUAUUGGCUUUGGAAAGACGUAAUUUUAUCCUCAACUGAUUCUUUAUGGUUAGAACCAGUUCAUUUACAGCACCCUAAAAAUAUACGGUUUGUCAUAAACAAAUCAUCAGAAACUUCAGGUCCGUUAUCCUAUUUAUUACCAUUCAGUUCCAUUUCAAAUCUACGACGAUAUAUUUCACAUAUUAAUAUGGUGCAAUACGUAAAAAACGAGGACCUAUAUGGUCAACUACCAACAAGAGAUAAUUUUAAUUCUACAAGAUCCUCUCCUAACCAUGUUAUAAUAAUACAAGUUCAUAAUAGAUCCAUAGAGUUAAGUCUGUUGAUUGAAUCGUUACGACGUACAAAAGGAAUUGAAACAGCCCUUGUUAUCUUUUCACAUGAUUUCUAUUCUGAUGAGUUGAAUAGUCUUAUUGGAUCUAUUCGCUUCACGCGUACUGUUCAAAUCUUUUAUCCCCAUUCAAUGCAAAUCUUUCCAGACACCUUUCCUGGUACUGAUCCAAGAGAUUGUGAUAGUAGAAUAAAACCCGCUGAAGCUAGAAAUAUAGAAUGUUUAAAUGCUCGUUGGCCAGACACAUUUCAGCAUUAUCGUGAAUCACGUUUUACCCAAAUUAAGAAUCAUUGGUUGUGGAAAAUUGAAUUCGUAAUGAAUCAUUUUUAUCCAACAAAAUAUUAUGAGGGUUACUUCAUCUUAUUAGAAGAGGAUCAUUUUGUUGUGGAAGAUAUUUUACAUGUAUCGGAGUUGAUCAGUAAAAAUGUUUGGAGUCCUUUAAAAACGGAUGGAAUUAUUGCACUUGGGUCAUACGAUAAAGAUAGCAACUACUUAUCCAAUGUGGUUGCGCUAACUUACUGGCUUGCACCGAAACACAAUAUGGGUAUGGCUGUAUCUCGUGUUGUCUGGAAAAAUAUUGAACAAUGCUUGAACUUAUUCUGUUUUUAUGAUGAUUAUAAUUGGGACUGGAGUCUACAGUAUAUUGGUCAAAAUUGUUUCCCAGGCAAACUGAAGGCCUUGACUCUACCUCUUUCUACUCGUGUCUUUCAUUCGGGUGAAUGCCGAGGUCUUCACCAUCAGAAAACCAGUUGCUCAACAGAGUUAUUAGCAACAAAUAUUUUACAAAUGUUUAGUGGACCAUUAUUGACUAGAUUAUAUCCAACAUCUUUACAUUUAUCAAAAAAAAUACAUACUGAAAAUAUUAGACAACGAGUUAAUGGUGGUUGGUCUGAUGAACGUGAUCGAAGCCUUUGCCAAAGUUUAUUUUCUAAUAAAUGGAAUAAAGUAUUAACUCAUUGGGCUCCAAAAUUAAUAGAAUAUUCACCUAUUUACUAGGAAGAUUUAUUGUACUUCUCAAUUUUGUUUGUCAUUUUGAUCUUUCACUAUUUUUGUUACUUUUCCAUUGUUGUUUUUUUUUUGGAAAAUAAAAACAACUCUAGAGUCCCAUCUUAUUUUUCUCAUAUAAAUAACUGCUGAUAUUUCUUUUUCAAAUAUAUAUCCUAUUUCAUUUAAAUGUUCAGCCGACCUCUGCCAGGGAUUUUCUAUUUGACGAGAUAGGAAAGUUAUAAUUUUUUUUAUUAUCUCUUAAACUAUUCUGAAGUUUGCUGUUAUUCAUGUUUGGCUCGGCUAAAAAUGUUUAAAUAAAAAAGGGACCGAGUUAGUAAUACUUAUAUAUUUAUAUGCCAUUUGUUUGAUUGUUUCUUAUUGUUUUAUAUAUUAUUGUUUCACAACAUGUAUUUGAAUAUCCUAGUUACAAUAUUUUCGUAAUUUAUUUUUCCAAUAACUUUGGUUAUCUUUCUAAUUGGUACUUAGCUCUCGAAUAAAUUAUGCUAUAAUGGAGUUCUUCGUUUUAUUCUGUCUUCUGAAAGACAGUAGGAGAAUAAACUUGAACGGUAUCAAUUGCUUGAUUAUGCUGAUUUUGUUUCGUUCAGUAUGAACUCUUUUUUUCGCCCCUAAAUUCAGCAUUCAGUUAUAAGUAAUAUCGUAGAACCUAGCAUAUACUUGCAUUCGUAUAGAUCUCCACACAACAUCAAUCAGCAUAGUGAGAAAAAUUAUCACGAUGAAUACCAAAGUGGUAGAAAUAGUACUAGUAGUAGUAAAAGCAAUCGGGGGUCAGACGAUAUAAUUCGAGAAUAAUUGAUUUGCUGAGUGAAAUAUAUUAAGUAAUUUUGGAACUCAGGAUGCACGUCGUUGUUUAUGAAAAUGUAUUCCUAAGAAUAUACUGUUAGUCUUGUCAGAGAUAUGAAUUUUCAAAUCAAAUAAGCCCGAAUCUCUCUCAUCAUACACGAAAAGUUUAAACCAAAGUAUGGUUAUUCAGUUGACUUUAUCUAUCUAAUGCGCUGAAUUCACACAACCUUACCUUUGGGUAUCUGGGCACUAUACCAUCUGCCUGUAAUCUCACGGGUAUGAAGUCGAAUUUUAAAACAAAAAGUGUACUUCUAGUCUGUAUUCUAGUUAGGCAUUACUUUAUCUAAAUAAUUGGCAUUGUAAUAAAAAAAGAAUCGAGGUACCAGCUGUUGUGUUUUUUAAUCUCUUCCGAUGUUCUAAAUGCAGUUCCAAUGACAACGUUAAGUGCGAAUUUCAUAUUUAGACGGCCAAACUAGUAGACAUUCACGUGUUUUUAAAGCAGCAUCUUAUCGUAAAGAUGAUAAUAACUAUUUGUUACAAUCUUACUUUGACGAUUUAUUCCUAGUGCGCACUUACAAAAAGACAUCCAUGACCACUAACUCACUGGUGUAUACAGACUUAAGAACUGUCUUUCUGAAACAUGCUCUUAUUCUAACAUGUAUGAUCAUUCACUAAUGAUUAUACAAAUUUACAAGUAAAAAACAUAUAUGAGCUCAAUUCGAAGAUAAUGUCAACGGAAGUAAUUGCAUAAUUACUAGGAUGUAUAACUUUUCAUUCUAAAAGUAACACGAUAUCCCUUAUAGACCGUUGUGGAAAUCAGUCACUAACAACUUCCAGUAAGAAGCUAAAAGGAG